AUGUCUGUCUUAGUCUCAGGUGCUACCGGUUUCAUUGCUCAACAUAUUGUUGAGGCCUUGUUGAAUGAAAAUUACAAAGUCAUCGGUACUGCUAGAUCACAAGAAAAAGGUGAUAAUUUAAAAAAACAAUUCAACAACAAUCCUAAUUUAAUCAUGGAAGUGGUUUCUGAUAUUUCCAAUGUUAAUGCCUUUGAUCACGUUUUGGAAAAACAUGCCAAAGAUAUUAAAGUUGUAUUACAUACAGCAUCUCCUUUCCAUUUCAAUACCACUGAAUAUGAAAAAGAUUUAUUAAUUCCAGCUAGAAAUGGUACCCUUGGUAUUUUGGAAGCCAUUAAGAAAUAUGCAUCUCAAACAGUGGAACGUGUUGUUAUUACUUCUUCUUUUGCGGCAGUUUAUGAUGUGGAAGCUCCACCAAGUAAAGAUUUGGUUUAUACUGAAAAAAAUUGGAAUCCAGCCACAUGGGAAACUGCUCAAAAAAAUGCUGUUAUGGCUUAUUGUGGUUCUAAAAAAAUCGCUGAAAAGACUGCCUGGGAUUUCUUGGAGAAAAACAAAAACGUUGUCAAAUUCCAAUUAUCUACAGUUAACCCAGUCUUUGUAUUUGGUCCACAACUUGCCUCUAGCAGUGUUGGUGAUACUUUAAAUACCUCUUGUGAAUUGAUCAAUGCCGUUUUGAAAUCCAAACCAAGCGAUGUUCUUGCAACAUCAAUUGCUGGUGAAUUUAUUGAUGUCCGUGAUGUUGCCAAGGCACACUUAGCAGCUUUCCAAAGAGAAAACACUGUAGGCAAAAGAUUAGUCAUGUCUAAUGGACCUUUCAGUAGUCAAACCAUUUGUAAUGUCAUACACAAGGAUUUCCCACAAUACGAUGGCAAGAUUGCCCCGGUUGCCAAGGAUACCGAUGUUGAUAAUGGCAAUGUUUCAUUUGUUUUAGAUAACAGUGCCACCAAGAAAUUAUUAGGUUGGGAAUUCAUUUCUUUACAAAAGAGUGUGGACGAUACUGUUGCUCAAAUUGCUCAAGUGAAAAAUUAA